AAUCAUACCCUGAUUUUAUUACCUCCGAUUCCCUCAGAAGUCCCAAUCCUUAAGCUCAAGCUCAAGCUCGGCUCCAGCUCAACAACAAUGGCGGCCUUCACUCCUUACUCUUCUUCAACUUUACUCCAUCUCGAUACUACAUCUCUCUCCUCUCGAUCCUCUCUCUCCGGCCCCGCUCUCCGCCGCUCCCUCUACAUCUCUGCUGUUCCAACCGCCCUUCGCCGGACCAUCACCAGCCAAGUGAAAUCAGAUAAGAAGGAUUUUCUGCACAUUACCGAUUAUGAUAAGGCUACAAUUUUGAAGAUCUUAGACCGUGCACAAGAGGUUAAGGCUUUGCUUAAAUCAGGAGACAGGUCAUUUCAGCCAUUCAAAGGGAAGAGUAUGGCAAUGAUUUUUGCAAAGCCAUCCAUGAGAACGCGAGUAUCUUUUGAGACUGGAUUUUUCUUGUUAGGCGGCCAUGCUAUAUACUUGGGACCUGACGACAUACAGAUGGGUAAGCGUGAGGAAACUCGAGAUGUUGCUCGUGUACUCUCUCGCUAUAAUGACAUCAUUAUGGCACGUGUGUUUGGUCAUCAGGAUAUCCUUGACCUAGCCAAGUAUGCCACUGUUCCUGUUGUCAAUGGAUUAACAGAUUACAACCACCCAUGCCAAAUCAUGGCUGAUGCACUUACCAUCAUUGAACACAUUGGUCACUUGGAAGGAACAAAGGUGGUCUAUGUUGGAGAUGGAAACAACAUUGUGCAUUCUUGGUUGCUGUUGGCAGCUGUUAUUCCUUUCCAUUUUGUCUGUGCAUGCCCCAAGGGUUUUGAGCCGGAUCAGAAAACAGUUAAAAAGGCACAACGGGCUGGUAUCAGCAAAAUAGAGAUCACAAACAAUCCAAAAGAAGCUGUGGUUGGGGCCAAUGUCGUAUACUCUGAUGUUUGGGCCAGUAUGGGACAGAAGGAAGAAGCUGAAUAUCGCAGAAAAGUUUUCCAAGGGUUUCAGAUUGACGAGGAGCUCAUGACAUUAGCGGGACCAAAGGCCUACUUCAUGCACUGUUUACCAGCCGAGAGAGGCGUCGAAGUGACUGAUGGAGUUAUCGAAGCCCCCAAUUCAAUCGUUUUCCCGCAAGCAGAGAAUCGCAUGCAUGCUCAAAAUGCUAUAAUGCUACACGUGCUUAACGCGUAAAUGUGACGCCUUGCGUGUCACUUUGAUCUUUAAUUCUUUUCCUCCAAUAUAAAUCUGAUCACCUGUGGAUUCUCAGGUGGUAAUUGUUUUCCUUCAAUUCAAAUCUGUUCUGUCUGAGCCUUUAUAUAAUGCAGCAGUGAAAAACUGGAUUUGUGGAUUCAACAUUUUGCAGCGGUAUUUAUUAUGACCGUUUAAUGGUGUGAGAAUUCAGUUGAGAUCAUUAAUGGAGGAUAUGGAAAUAGUUCCAUAUAGAAUAAAUUCCAUAAAAAGUCUUCAGUUAU